CAAGAGAGAAAGAAACACCACACAACAGACAACACCGCACCAUGGUAGAGGAAGGGAGAGGUGCACCACAUGGUGUUCUACUGGCUGUAGUGGUGGGCCUUGUCGUAGCGGGCCCAAUGCUACUCGGUGAUCAAGGCGAGGCCUUAUCAAACGCGAUCGCAGGAAUUCUAAGCCCGACGGGCCUUCUCCUCCUGCCCAUCGUCCUCCUCGUCAUCAUUCGAUUCCUAUCGUCCGAUAGAGGGACCGCACUCUCCGAGAUCUUCUCCGCGGGUGAGCCCGAUUCCAUACAUCGGCUCGGCGGGUCCCCGGUCGGUGUCGCACUCUUACUACUACUACUACUCUUUCUACUCUAUAAUCGUGUGUCCUUGUUUGGGCCCGGCGACGAUGAUUCCGGUGAGUAGGCCAUUUUUGGACUUGUUGCACCAGUACUUGGUUUUAUACUUGUAAGUGUAUCUAUUAAUAGAUUGUAGUUUUUGUUCGAGUGUUAAAUGUUGUUGAUGUGAAAUUACUAUACUGCUCUUGUCAUAACUGUGGCAAUUUCCCUUUUUUUCUCUAGUUGAAUGGAGGGUGUUUUGGUCGAUUAAGAAAUUUGCUGCCUCUGGCUCUGAGUCUUUGUGCUGUUCUGAU